AUGAUGGCCGAGCUCUACGGAGUAAAAAUGUCGUCUUUACUGAAGUCACCUCCUAAAAGGCCUAAAUGCAGCAUCACUGUGAAGGAUCCUGUACCUCCAAAAACCACACCCACAAAGGAGGCGGAGCCGAACACUGCCCCUGCUUCAGAGACUCAAUCCCAGAAAAAGCCCAGGCAACCGGUCAGAUUCUUCAUUCCCCUGACAGAGGAAGAGAAACAGGAGGCAAAGAAAGCCAACAUCAGUUUUGGUGAUUUCUUGUCCGAGCACUUGGCGCUUACAGGGGGUGACAUUGUGGAGACUCCUGCCCCUCUACAAACCACACCCCCAAAGAAGGAGGAGCCAAACACUGCCCCUGCUUCUGAGACCCAAUCCCAGAAAAAGCCCAAGGAACCGGUCAGAUUCUUCAUUCCCCUGACAGAGGAAGAGAAAGAGGAGGCAAAGAAAACCAACAUCAGUUUUGGUGAUUUCUUGUCCGACCACCUGGCGCUUACAGGGGGUGACAUUGUGGAGACUCCUGCCCCUCUACAAACCACACCCCCAAAGGAGGCGGAGCCAAACACUGCCCCUGCUUCUGAGACCCAAUCCCAGAAAAAGCCCAGGGAACCGGUCAGAUUUUUCAUUCCCCUGACAGAGGAAGAGAAAGAGGAGGCAAAGAAAGCCAACAUCAGUUUUGGUGAUUUCUUGUAUGACCACCUGACAUUUACAGGGGGUUACAUUAUGGAGGCUCCUGCCCCUCUACAAACCACACCCACAAUGGAGGCUGAGCCAAACACUGCCCCUGCUUCAGAGACCCAAUCCCAGAAAAAGCCCAGGGAAUCGGUCAGAUUUUUCAUUCCCCUGACGGAGGAAGAGAAAGAGGAGGCAAAGAAAGCCAACAUCAGUUUUGGUGAUUUCUUGUAUGACCACCUGACAUUUACAGGGGGUUACAUUGUGGAGGCUCCUGCCCCUCUACAAACCACACCCCCAAUGGAGGUUGAGCCAAAGAACACUCCUGAGCCUGCUCCUGUUGAGGUCCAGCCCUCAGAGCCUCAUCCCACUGCCUCUCCUAGUAACCCAAAAGAGAGGAAGAAGUACGAUCGGGAAUUCCUGCUGCGUUUACAGUUUGUCAGUGCCAGCAUGCGCAGACCCGAGAGUUUUCCAGACAUCCCCGGCGUCGUUCUGGACAAGCAGUGUGAUCUGAAAAAGCCAAACAGGAUCAUCACCCGCGUGUCUCUGAACGAUGACGUGCAACUGGACAAGGCUGAGAAAGCCUGGAAGCCGGCGAUGAAGAAGUCCCGCGGAGACGAGGAUGACCAGGAAAUAGUCAAGACCCAGGAGCUCUUCCAGAAAGUGCGCAGUAUCUUGAAUAAACUGACGCCGGAGAUGUUCCAGCAGCUCAUGAAACGGUUCAUGGAGCUGACCAUCGACACCGAGGAGAGACUUAAAGGCGUCGUGGACCUCAUCUUCGAAAAAGCCAUUUCUGAACCCAAUUUCUCCGUCACUUAUGCCAACAUGUGCCGCUGUCUUGUGGGGCUGAAAGUGCCCACCUCUGACAACUCUGGAGCCACUGUGAAUUUCCACAGACUGCUGCUGAAUUGCUGCCAGAAAGAGUUUGAGAAGGACAAAGGCGAUGAUGAGAUCUUUCAGCAGAAGCAGAAGGAGCUGGAUGCUGCCACAGAGGAGGAAGUUGAAAAGCUGCUAAACGAAGCCCGCCGCCGUUCCCUCGGCAACAUCAGAUUCAUUGGAGAGCUGUUUAAGCUGAAGAUGAUGAAGGAGCAGAUCAUGCACGUCUGCAUCGUCAAGCUGCUGAAGAACCACAACGACGAGAGUCUCGAGGUUCUCUGCAGACUCCUGUCCACCAUCGGCAAGAGCCUGGACCUCGAGAAGUCAAAACCCUGUAUGGAUCAGUACUUCCAACAAAUGGAGCAGAUAGUAAAGGAGAGAAAAACAUCUUCAAGGAUCCGCUUCAUGCUGCAGGACGUGUUGGACCUGAGAAAAAAUAACUGGGUUCCCCGGCGAGGUGACCAGGGCCCUAAAACCAUUGACCAGAUCCAUAAAGAUGCAGAACUGGAGGAACAAAGAGAGCAGAUUAAAGUGCAGCAGCUGCUUCUGUCCAAGAAAAACUCGAGUCAAGAAAGACGAGGCAAAAUGAAUCAGCCUCAGGAGGAGGGCUGGAACGGGGUACCCAGCAGGACCAAGAAGCAGCCCAUCGACACGCCUCGCCUUACUGAGGUACUGAAAGACCUGAGUGCAAAACAACAAAACCAGCCUGACGCAGGACGGUCGGCCAUGGGCACCCUGAACCGAUUCUCAGUCCUUCAGCAGUCAGGACCUUCAUCCACAUUGUCCUCAUCCUCAUUGGACUCUAAGUGCAGAGUUCCCCAGGACCAAGAGCUGGACAGGAAAGUGAGCAAACCGGCUCUGAGUGAGGAGGAGGUGGAGAAGAAAACCACCGCCAUCAUAGAGGAGUACCUGCACAUCAACGACCUGAAGGAGGCAGUACAGUGUGUAGAGGAGCUGAACAGUGCGUCUGUGCUCUUCGUCUUCAUACGUAAUGCUGUGGAGUUGGUGCUCGAUGGCAGCACCGUCGCCCGAGAGCGCAUCGGCCUUCUGCUGCACGAACUGAUCAGCACCAGGAUUUUACCUCCUAAGCAGUACUUCAGAGGGCUUCAGGAGAUUCUGGAGGUGGCUGAUGACAUGGCCAUCGACAUCCCUUACAUCUGGCAGUAUCUGGCAGAGAUCAUCACACCCAUGCUGCAUGAUGGAGGAAUCCCCAUGGGACUGCUCUUCAGAGAGGUGACGAAGCCAUUGCUGCCAAUAGGAAAAGCUGCUGUGCUGCUGGUUCACAUCCUCAACCGACUGAGUCACAAUAAAGCUGGUGCUUUGUGGAUUGAUGCUGGACUCAACUGGAAGGACUUCCUACCUGAGGAUGAGGAUGUCAACAAGUUUGUGACGCAGCAGAAAGUGGAGUUUACGCUGGGGAGGAGACCAGAAAGAAGCAGCUAAAGAAAGAAGGAGAAGCUGGAAAAGCUGAGAAAGAAGGAGCUGAGAGCCAAGAAGCUGAUCAAUAAUAUUUCAUCAGUUAUUCUUAGUAGAUGAUCUGACAAUAAAAGAAUCAUUGAAAGAAACAUUAGUGACAUUGUGUGUAGAAAUGUAUGGCCAUGUGCUUGUUUUUGCUCCAAAGACUUGAUUUAGAAGUUGAUUCACUCAUAAAACCUGCCAUGUGAUAACAGUUCUUAGUAUGUGAAGAGAUAAACUCCAUUUCCCACAAUGCACCAUGGCCUACAAGCAUGGCUGUACCAGACUCCAACACCCACUACAACACAGCCUCCUUCAUUUUGAUCAUUUUCACCUAAGGACUUUCACAUCAUCGUUUCAAGGCACUCCCCUCCUGCCGAAGACUGUGGUCCAUCAAGACAAAACCUCAUGCCAUGAAAACAGUUUCUUUUUUGAUCAGCAACUGGCCUCAUCAACAACAUGCAGGACGUACCAUGGACUCUUAUCUGCCUACUUGGACACACAAACCCCCUUUGUUUUGUUUUGCACCUGCACCUUAUUUUACCUUCCUACCUCAAACUGAGUUUUGCAUUGGUCCACUAAUGUACAGUUAAUGUCCACUUAAUGUUUCUAUCUGCACUGACUGUAGCACUGCUAAUUUAAUGCUUGCACUGGUUUACUUUAUAUACAAUAUAAUACUGCACUAUUACACACUUUAUAUUUCCUCUUGCUAAAGAUUUGCUUAGAUUUUUCUUGAUAUUUUUUAUAUUUAUAUUUUUAUUGUUGUGCACCAAUACACCAAGGCAAAUUCCUUGUACAUGUACUUUGUCUGUGUUAUGUGUAGCACCUCUG